GCGUAAUGUCGAAGGUCUCUGGUAAUCAGAGCUAGAGGCUUGGAGAUUACUCAGAGAGGUGCCGGAGAGCGAGCUCUUGUGCUGCGUGCACCCACCCGGAGCUCAUGGACAGAAGUUAAAUGGAAGAACAAGUGGAUAACAUGGUCCAAGCCCGCAAAUCCCAUAAAGUCGAACAAAUGGUGUCAAAAUGGCUUCGCCUGACGCGAGAUAGUUCACAGAGGAAUCGAGGUCCAGCCAAUGGAGCGACUGCUAACACGAACCAGCUGAGCAGCCCAUUGAAGGUGACAGUGAAGAUAAUCAAAGAUCCAUUUCUGGACCAUGGAUUUGUGAUCUCAGAAGAUUCACCAGUAUGUGUGAGGUCUGUCACUGCAGGUGGUCCUGGAGAGGGGAAGCUGUUCCCAGGAGAUCAGAUUGUACAAAUUAAUAACAUGCCCCUGGAUAUGAUUUCCCAGGAACAUAUUGAUAAUAUUAUUAGGGAAUGUGGUAACACUGUUACAGUCACUGUACUUCGAAAUACUUCAGGGCCCAAGUCAUCAUUUAUUACUGAAGAAAAGCGAGCCAGACUGAAAAGUAAUCCUGUCAAAGUACGCUUUGCUGAAGAAGUGAUUGUCAAUGGCCACACGCAGGGUAACUCACUUCUUUUCAUGCCCAGUGUUCUCAAGGUGUAUUUGGAAAAUGGACAGACCAAAGCCUUUCGAUAUGAGAAAAAUACAACGGUGAAGGAUAUCAUCCUCACCCUUAAGUCGAAGUUGUCCAUUCGUUGUAUUGAACAUUUUGCUCUUGUUUUGAAGGAACGGUACAGUAUAACCAAGGUUUAUCUCUUACACGAUGAUGAAAUCAUUGAGCAGGUAGUCCAGAAGCGGGAGCCUCGUGAUUAUAGAUGUCUCUUCAGGGUUUGUUUCCUGCCAAGAGAUCCACUCGUACUCUUACAAGAAGAUCCAGUCGCCUUUGAAUACCUAUACUCACAGAGUUGCAAUGAUGUGCUGCAGGAGAAGUUUGCGAUGGAGAUGAAAUGCAACACUGCUAUCCGUCUUGCAGCGCUGCAAAUUCAGGAAUGCAUCCUGAGCUCCAAGCAGUCUCAGAAAGUCUCCAUGAAGUACAUUGAGAAGGAUUGGGGAAUUGAGAAUUUUGUCUCACCAACUCUGCUUCACAACAUGAGGGAGAAAGAUAUCAGAAAGGCCAUUAACUAUCAUCUUAAGAACAAUCAUAGCUUGGUUGCACCAGGACAAAAGCAACUGAUAUCGGCAGCACAGGUCCGGUUAAAUUACCUGAAUAUACUGAGUGAUCUUCGAACAUAUGGAGGGAAAACCUUUAACGCAACUCUUCUGCUGCAGGACAGAGAAUCGUUUAUUACGUUGUUGGUAGGAGCCCAGUAUGGUAUCAGCCAAGUCAUUAAUAGCAAGCUCAAUAUUAUAAACCAGUUAACAAAUUUCAACAACAUCAGGAAGUUGGAAUUGACCUUCGAGUGUGAGAAGGUCAGCAUGGUGAGCAUCUACCUCGUGGAUGUGAAGUCCCUGACUUUGUUACUGGAAUCUCAUCAUGCCAAAGACCUCGUGUGUUUGAUUGCUGGAUAUCAUAGACUAUAUGUGAACUCAACAGACUCCAUAUUCACUUGGCCUAGCAACUAUCAAAGUCAGACACUUACAAGUGAAGAAGGUGAUGAGGCCCGAGGAUUAAGCGAUUCAGAGUCAUCGUCAGACAUUGACUCAUCGUUGGAUUUGUCUAUAGAGCUCCACAAAUUGAGAAAUGGAUUCAUACAACCCCUGACUGAAGAAAAUGAAGAUAUUGAGAACUCAGAAAGUGAGGCUACAGACAGUGACUGCUUAAGGGAGGAUAUUCAGGAAGAGACCAGUUGCAGCACAGGGGACGUGUCUGAUCUGAAUGAUGAAACAACAAGUCAGGGAGGAGACAUUUGUGAAAGAAGCUGUUCUGCCUACUCUAUGGACGAACUGCAAACAGAGACUUCAAUGAGCAGCACAUCAGGUCCACACUCACAUGGUGAGAUUUCUGAUGAUGAUGAUAAAGAUUCUAUCACUGAAGACAGUGAAGGUGAGCCAGUUACGAAGAAGCACUGCAACAUGGAAUCUGAAGCCUGUUUCGAACAGCAUUCAACAGACUCCUUAAUCUCUACUCAGACCCUUUCUGAAUUCAUUGCCAGUGAUAUAAAGGUGUUUUGCUCUUCUCCUGACCCUAGCCAAAGUGAGAACCCUGACACUGCAGAAUGUUGUAACCAGUGUCCCAGCAAUGAUGGUGAGAGUCAUGCAGAAGGGGACGGAUCUUGGAGUUUGACAAGUCAUGGCCUGCUCACUGAGUUACCACCAAUUCCUCUUCCAGAGGAACCAGCUACUGACAGGGACUCAUCCAGUGAGGUCCUCACUAUCCCGAUUCUGCAUCCUCCCCCUGGCUUUCAGGACAGCAGUUCUGAUGACGAAUUUUUCGAUGCAGCUGAAAAAUUUACUGAUGUAGAACGUCCAGUUAACAUCAAGUUCAGUGGAAGUGGAGCAGAUGUGGAAGCUGACAAUAUUAAGGGGAUUGAAAUGAAGCAAAAUAUGCAGAUAAGUCGAAGUCUUUAUGGCACUGGAUUAGACAUCAAAUCUGCUGAAUGCAUCAAAGGUAAAACAGAAGAAACAAAAUACACGACUACACGAAAAAUACAUUUUGCAUCCAGUGACCUAUGUGAUGUAAAAGCUGUUCACUCGCAGUGUCAUUCAAGCAAAGCUGGAGAUCAUGUGUGUUGUUAUGAAAAGGAACAUCUUAUAACAAAAAUGCAGCAAUUAACAACAUUUUGUUCUUUGACAAGUAUGGAGAAUGAACCAGCCUUGUUGGAAACUAAGCCUAUUGGUCCAUUAAAGUCAAUUUCCACCUGUGCCAAUAAAAAGGUUCCAUCAGAUUUAAUGGAGAUGGAGCCAGAUACCAUGGAAACGAAAUCAGUCACAGAAGCGAUACCUGUCAUUACUACAGUCUCAGCUAGACGUUACCCAUGUGAUUCAGACAUGAGAGAGGGCUGUCCUCCUUAUACAGAGAAUAAAGCAGAAGUAAACACAGACAGACCUUCCCUUGAAGCAAGGCUGCGUGGAGCUGAUUGCUGCGGUAUGGAGGAGUGUUCAAGCCCUUCGGGUGUAAUUCUAGAGUUUGGACAAGCAUACUCGCAGAAUCUAACAGAAGAUGAGAUGUAUAGUGUUACCACUGUGUCUUGCGCUGAUGAACAACAAACCACGAACACAAUUAGCAUGAAAGACAAGGAGCAUGAUAAAGCAAUUGUCAAAAACAAUACAGUCCAACAAAUGGGAGAUAAGCACACACAGUGGGUGGACAUGGAUCAAAGUGGAACUGUACUCAGACAAACUUUAUGUCAAGUAAACUCCAAGGAGAAUAUGUUCAAGUCCAAAGAAUUGGUUAACAAUUGUCAAGGAGCAGGAUCAUGUUACCAAAAUGAUGAUGGUAGUAUAACUUCACAGAUAUAUUCUGUGAUGUCCAGAGGAGAUCAGACAGUAUUCUCAGAAAACUCAGAACUUGAAGAGGAGAUCUCCAGCAGGAGGAACUCAUCUGAGACAGGCAAAGAAAGCAAAGAUGCUUACUCAUUUGACAUAUCCCGGCCACUGUUGAAUUUAAACCGAGUCUCCUUUAAGACAUUUGGCAUGGUUAAACAUUUGGGAUCACCACACCUAGAAACAAAGGUGGAAAAUUGCUCAGCGGGGUCUCUAAACAUUUCUGAAUGUAACAUGGAGCCUGCAGAAGACAGCUCGAAAGAAUACAUAUCAAAAACAGAACAGUAUCCUAACCAGACUGAGUCAAGAGUGUCUCCCACAACAGCAAAUGUAAAUGAAAUCAGUACACCGAUACUUUGCCCAGAAGAUAAAAACCUUCCUUGGGAAAUCCCUUCACUGUCAAAUACAUCAACCCCACUUUGUGAAGUCGACAGCUCGAUCAUUCAGAAAUCCACAACUGCACCUCAGCAAAGUGAAUGUCUCUCCACCAAAUGUCCACAACAAAUAAAAUAUAAAAGUAGUUUGAAUGUUGACUCCACUGUUUCAGCUGUCCUUACAACUGACAUGGAUAAGGAUAUAGAUGAACAGCUCCCAAUGGGUGGCAAGAAUAUGUGUAGCUGUCAGAUAGUAUAUGGGAACUGUUUUAGAGCACAGGGCACUGAUGCUAAUGACGAAAACAAAGAUGUAGCAUAUUCCACACAGCAGUGUUCACCAAAGACCACCCCACCUGAUUCAGGAAGCUACUUGUCGCAAUACAUCACUACAUGUACUGGGCAAAGUGAGAAAACUGUGCUUACCAAUUGCUCCUUUGAUUUUCCUAAAACUGAUCUUACACCAAUGCUUGAAAGGUCCAUUCUGUCACAUUUCAAGAAUAAAAAAUACAGCAUGCCAAAUGGAUUCAGGCUGAUACAGAGCGAUAUCAUGGAGCUGCUCAACAUGCUGAAAGAAUUCCCCAGAGAAAGCCAUGUGGAGGAAGAAUGUGCAAUACUUACUUCAUCAACACAGCAAAAACUAUAUACUGAAAGUGGAAAGCUGAUGUCUGCUUGCCAGAAGGGCAUCAAAGUAGACCAGGCCCCUGUGGAGAUGCUCCUGGGAGUUUCUGAAAGUUUCCAGGCCCUCGUACAGCUAACAGCAACAUGUCUCCAGUUCACGACCUGCAUGCAUUGUGCAGAACGUCAUGUGGAAGUGGUCAAUAGCUUAACAGAGGUUUUUAUGAUUUAUAAAACCUUUGUGCAAAUCUCUGAGGAAGCAUGUAUCAGGAAGUCUGAUGAUUUAAGCAUGAAACUCCUGGCUCAGCAGUGUACUGCGUUGACCUCUGGGGUUUUCUGCCUGACACAGCCGUUCAAAUGAUUCAGCUCUGAAAUGGAAUACAGUGUUUGUAAAGUUGGGAACAUGAGAGAAUACAAUUAGAAAAAUCUAAAAAAGGUCUAGGAUUGUGUGGCAAGUACGUGACGAUGCACUGAAUUAUCUCCUGGAGGAAAAUGUGUACUACAGUAUGACACACUGACUGGCAUUGGCCAUGUGACUAAUAACAAUCAGAACUGAUGCAAGACACAUCUUGUUUUGUGGUAACAUAUUACUCUGCAGCUUGUUCAGACUUCCGUAUGCAUCAUAUAGAGAGUAUUUCAAUGCUGCCCUUUAGCCUGGAGCUGAAGUCUGAAUUCAUCCCAUUGACUGGUGGGAUCUGAAGGUUUCAAGGGCUUUCCAUUGAGUUUGUGCAGGGGUCCAGGUCAUGCAACAAAAUUCUUUAGCACUUGAUUUGAGUUGACACCAAAUUAGCAAUCUCAUCCAGAGGGGCCCAGUUGAUAGAUCUCAUCUAAAUCAAAAUGUUAUGUCUGCCCAUACCUGUGUAUGUGCAUGACUGCAUAUGUGCAUAUGUGUAUGUAUGUAGGCAGUUUGUGUGUGUGGGUGUUUGUGUCUGUGUGUGUGCGCGCGCUGAGGUGAGGGGUGCUGUUUUGAGACUUGAUAAAGUUGGCAGUGGAAAACAGUGGAAAUAUAAGAAUUGUUUCUUGGCAUCUAUCUCACGUUCUGUAUGUUUGUUUGCAUUUGGUAUCAGCACUAGAUGCAGAAUGUUCCAAUCGUUAAUUUUGACAUUGUUUGUCUCAAUAGAAAGAUAUAUGGUAUUAAAGGAUCUUAUUUCCAUGUCACAGUGUUAAACAGUGAACAUUGGAUUUCGAAAGAAUGUCUGGAGACUCGUUACAUUAUCUAUCACUUGCUAGGGUGUUCUAGAAAAGUUUUCUCUGUUAGUUGAUAUAUUUGUGUGAUUUCUAUCUCAAUAGAAAGGCUCUAAAGUCCUUGGUCAUUUUAGGAUACAGAGAUUAAACAGACAAUGCUGAGAAAGACCAUUAGUUAUCUCAGUGGUUUAUAAAAACAGAAAAGCUUAAGCUAUCAUCUCAUCAGUUCUUUUGACAUGCCAAUGUUAAAGAAGCCAUUAUUUGUCAUGUACUGUAAAAAUUUUAAGUUGCUCUGCAGUUUCUUCAUAAUCUGGGACUAACUCCUUGAUGCACAGCACUCAAAGAGCUCCUUAUGAUACAUUAUACUGAAGCUGACAGUUGCCUGUCGUAAAACUAAGGUGUUGAAAAUUGUAGGUCGCAACUGCUGAGCCUACAAUCUCCCUGCAAUUAUCAGUUCCUGAAUGGGGAGUAUUGGUUUAAGGAAUCAUUUUUGUGAUAAUGGAUGCCCAAGAUGCCCUUUAAUCAGAGAAUUUUCCUUGUUUUUUUCUCUUUCAAUGGUUCAAAACUCCCACAAUCUUGAAUUUAAGGAAACAAUGUCUAUACUUUUACAGAAGCACGUUGUUGUAUGCACAGAGAAUGUCGUAUUUUCAAACAUUGUAUUUUCCAUUUCAGCUUUAAUUCACAUGAACUGAUCUUUGCUCCUACAAGCUGAAAGCUGCAUUCCUUCAGUGAUCUAUCACUGCAGAGUUGCAUCCAAAGAUUAACAGUGUCCUGCUGUCAGUUAUUUCCUCACUAAUCAUUGAUGGUCAAUUUCCAUGGGGUUGAGAGGAAGGGAGAGUCCCACAUGUGGUUAGAGAGCCAUAUUCACUCCAGAAAAUGACUGAAAAUAUUGCUUCUGCUAUUGGAGGAUUUCUGUGGUGGUUCCAUUGAUAUUUAUGGCAAACAAGUAUGUUAAUCCCCUAUACGAGUAACCCGAUUGGCUCAUGCUAUUACAAUAGCAAGAAAUUCCACAAUGUGUGAUUUUAAAACUUAACUGAGCCUUUAUACACUAACAAGGGUGGGGGUAGAUCACAACUAGGGGGCAAAUUUUUGAGGUGAGAGGAGAAAGAUUUAAAACAGAUUUGAGGAGCAACGUUUUCACGCAGAGGGUGGUUCGUGUGGUGAAUGAACUGCCGGAGGAUGUGGUAGAUGCAGGUACAGUUAUAACAUUUGAAAGAUAUUUGGUACAUGUACUACACUCACUAGUGAAGGUCGCUUUCUUCAGGCUUGAGGUAUUUUCUGCUGCAGGGAGACACACUUCUCCAGAGGUACAAAGCCAUAAGAUGUGUUCAUGCUGACAAGCUGAUUAGGUACCCAGCAGCUGAUGGCUUUUGUCAUCGACAACUGGUCAUAACCCCACAAAACAAGUAGGUCCUUGUCUGAUGAAUCUCAUUUUGUACACACCCUCCAGUGCCAGCCCCUCUGCUGGCAACCUCCCACACAAUUUCAACAAAGCAACAGAAUAAACACCACCUAAAUUGAGUUUCCGUAAUAUGCUUUUAUAAAAUGCAGGAAUCCCUACAACUAAAUUUAAGCUAAGUGGAUUGGCCAUGGUAAAUUGCCCAUAUUGUCCAGGGAUGAGUAGGUUAGGUGGAAUAGCCAUGAGAAAUGCAGGGUUAGGAUGGGGGGGUGGGUCUGGGUGAGAUGUUCUUCAGAGGGUCAAUAUAGAGUUGAGGGGCUGAAUGACAUGCUUCCACACAAGGGAUUCUCUGAUUCUUUGAAAACUUGGGCCAAAUGCAGACAAGUGGGACUAAUUUAAUUUAAGAAGCUCAGACGAGUUGGACCGAAGGGUCUGUUUCCAUCCUGUAUCAUUCUGUGACUCUAAAUUAACAUUUAUUUAUUAUUAUUAAAUAGAGCUAUGAUAUUAGUCAUAAUCUAUGGGGACCACAGAUGUCUCUGUCUGUUACAGAGUGCUAUGUGGUUAUACAGUUUGAAGGGCACCUUUCUGCAUUAAGCAUAGGUACAGCAAAAAUUCAAUCCCUCAUGUGCAAUUGCAACCAGCACAGGAUUGAACCUCCACUGAUCAUAUUAUUAUACUGCACAUGCCACUCAUCUAGCCAUGUAAGCAAACCAACCGUCAGACAGAGAUAUGAAGGAUAUCAAUAUGAUGUUUAUAAGCGACAAAUAAUAAAAUAAUCCUUUUAGUUUACUUUAUUUGCGCAUAUGAAUUCAAUAUGUCACUGACAGGUUUCCACACAAGUGGAGCAGUUAGUGACAUUAUGGUCAGCAAUGACAAUGGCCACACAAUUAGUUCAUUCAGAUUGACUGGAAAGACUGGCUACAUUGAUCAACCACAUAGUAUGUUAAAUGGGUGAAUCAAAUCAGCCUAGGUUGAAAAACAUUUUCUGUUACUUAAGUUGAAAAGGAAAGAGGAAAUACACAAUUUUAUGAGAAAACUAGUGUAUAUUUUUGUGAUGUCAGAAAUCUGUAUUUGUAUAAUUCAUUUUGACAAAUUGCUCUCCAUUCGUCAGCUUCUCUCUUUCCUCUCCCAGGGCUCAUAGAAUCAGACAGUACAGAAGAGGUCUUAUGGUCCAUCAAGUCUGUGCUGCCAGAGCUACACUAAAUCUACACAAUUCCCAAAGCUUUGAAUGUUAUGAUAUUUCAAGUGCUCAUCCGAAUACUUUAUAAAGAUUGUGAGACUCAUAUUGAGGUGGAGUUCCAUUGACUAGUGCACAGUUUUGUCAUGUGUGGAGAGAAUGAGUGACAGGAUGCUAUCCUGGCCAUGGGACCACCUCCAUCAUACUUUCUAUAUCUGACAUUGCACUAUCGUUUGCUGUGUGGUUGGAAUUGGAGGGCACUGAGUAAUAACCAAAACAUGAACCUCAGCCAUUCUAUAUUCCUUAGCUCAAGGGUUAAUGGUCAACUAUAAAUUAAAAGGAAUCCCUGACCCUGCUGAUUUGUCUGUCAUCUAAUAAUAUUCAUAGUCCAAGACCUUCCUGGUCUAAUUAUCUUAACAAACUUUCAAAAGCAUUUAGACAGACAUAUGAACAGGUAGAGAAUAGAGGGAUAUGGGCAAUGUGCAGAUGGGAUUAGUUUAGGAUGGCAGAGCUGUACUAUUCUGUGUGUGUAUUUAUGUAUACUUUACACUGAUUUCAUCAUUGAAUGAACAAAAGAAUAACUUCAUCUCAAUUUUUUAAAAAUUUGUGCUGAAGCACAGAUGACCAUGAUUUUUUUGAUAGCCACAGUGCUGUCAUGAACAUAACAAUGCAGAAGUACAACAGAAAGGGCCUAGUCCUAUAUUAUCAUUUUAUUAAACUAUCUGAGCAUCAGAAAGGCAGAGUACUUUCAUAUCUGAUGCCUGUGUUUUCACCAGAGGGGGAGCCAGCUAGAAUCCAAAUAUAGUAGUUUCAGACAUUUUGGCCAUUUCAAAUACAGUCCAUUCUGGAUUCAGAUGUGCAAUAUUGCUCUUUAUACAGCUCAGGAUGACACUAAAUUAACAACAUCACAUAACAUUCAUUAGAAAUAUCUUAGAUUUCAUCUACCUGUCCAAUUUCCUCCAUUGUCUCAGUUCUAAUUAUUUCUGAAACCUUGUUUACCCCCCUACUCCUCCGAGAGUUCUGCGUUUCUCUAAUUCUGGUCUCUGUUGUGUUUCUGGCUUUGAUGGUUGUGUAUUCAGUAAUCUAAACACUCAGGUUUAGAAUUCCCUCUCAAAACUUCUCUUUUUCAUUCACCUUCACCAAUGUCUUUGACAAACCCUUAGUCGCCUGUAUCUGUUCUGAACUCUACUUCUCUGAUUAAAUACCAACUUUUGUCUCAUCAUGCUCCUAUGAACUGCCUGGAGCAGUUCUACUAUAUUCAAGAUGCAAUAUGACUGUAAAUGAUUGUUAUUACUGUAAUCAGUGUGGAAAAUAGGAAAUGUCCCAUUGAUAUAGCAUGAUUUUUCAAAGUGGAAUUAAAGCAUUAGAAUAAGAAGUUUUAUUUAUGUAAUGGCUUUAAUAAAAUAAAACUUCCAUGAUGUGGCACAGGUACAUUAUAAAAGAAAAUGUGAUAUAGAAUCACAUAAGGAGAUAUUGGGUCUGAUGAGAUGGGUUUUUAAGAGCAUCUAAAAGGAGGAUAGUGUGUUCAACUAUGGCUAGUCCAGAUGGAUGAGGAGGAAAAAAAAACCUUUUUCACAGUCAGACAGAAUGUUAUUUCUAACGUUGAUAAGGGUCAUUUCAGUACUGUAGCAGGGUGCAAGGUCGAUUGGAGGGAUUCAAAAACACAUGCAGUUUUUUUGCCACAACAGAGGAGUUGCGAAAAUUCCCAAACAUCAGCAGUUCCACUCCUAAACCCGACACUUUCGAUUUUCAUGAGACACAGCUCAAGCUUCAUCCAUUUCUGAGUCACUGGCCAUGGGAGUGUGCACAGGGUGGGAGGUGACAUAGGCUGACAUUACUGGUAAUAUGCGAGGGAGGGAUUUUGAGCGAUGAGUGCUGGAGGUUGGCUUUGAUAUAAUUAUUUUUGUGAAUUAAUCUUCAACACAGCUCCAGUGCACAGAGAUAGACCUUGUCCCCAGCCUAAAUCUGUAGCCAGCAACAACCACACACAUUCCAGGGUCACCUGACCCACCUCCCAAAGAACCCAGCCAUCCUAGAAUGAAAAUCAAACCCCCUGAAUUGGUUUUUCUCAGGUUGAGAGCCAGGAAAUAUCCCAUCCCUUUGCUCCUGACCCACAGAGUUCCAGGAAAGAGAGACAUGAAUUUGGGAGGUAAUAACACAUUUAAGGACUGAGAGACAACAAAGACCUUGCGGAUGCGAUGGUAGUUUGCAAAGAUAGUGAGGUCAAGUUUGUGUUUUCUUGAAGGAGUGAUGGCAGCAGAUUUAAAGGAUGUUCAGGACCUGCAAAAUCAUAGAAUCAUGAAUCCCUUUAGUGCAGAAGCAAGCCAUUUGGCCCAUCGAGUCUUUCUGACCCUUGAAUGAGCUUCCCACCCAGACUCAUCCCCUACCCUAUCCCCAUAACCCUGCAUUAGCUAUGGCUAAUCCACCUAGCAUACACAUCUCUCGACACAGUGAAAACAAUUGGCAAUAGUUGUUAACAUGGGAGACAAGCAGAGAAGUUUGUAGUUUAAUGGACUUUAGAUGUGGAGAGCAGGAAGUAAUUUUCAUGGCCAAAAUAAGCUUGAAGAAUAUGUAAUGAGUGGUAGAUAGAGAAAGAUAUAAGUCCAGGUUUAGGGCAGGAAUUAGCCUUGAAGGAAAUUGUCUUGAUGAUCUGGGACAGCAGAAGGAUUUGGAUGAGGCAGCUGCUCGAAUGGUCUUAAUUUUAGUCGCAAACAAGUUCAUGGGCUCCUUGUACUUUUGGUAGAGUGGAGGAGCUGGGAGAAGGGCUUAAGAGAAUGUUUUCCAGUAGAGGCUGGAUUGUCACUGUUACAUUCUGUGAUGAUGCUGAAAUAUGAGCCAUUUUCACAGGUGGUAUCAGGAGCCAAUAGUGCUUUAUGUGGUCCAUCUCAGAUCCAGCACUGAAUCGAUGAGCCAGUUGUCUACCAUCUUCUGUUCAAUCCCCUUUGACUUGAGGGAGGGGAUUGGAGGGCUGUGCCAGGAGGAACAGCCAGGCUGAGAGACGGUAAAUGUUUUGAUGGUGUGAAGACAUUGGAGGCAGAAGUGAAGGAAUGCCAGGGUGAAUCAGUAGCUGCAUUAAUGUCAUAAUGAAAGCAACGUAAUAAAUCAAGCUUAACUUUGCAACUGUACCAUACCUGAACUGUAGGGAGAGAUCUUGACACUGGGAAGUGGCUGUAUGAACUCAGAGGGAACAAAGACAGUAAUGCUUGAAAAUAAAUAUACUCCAGAUACUGGACCUCUAUAUUGAAUUAUACAAGAUGGUUGGACUAGUAUAUUUCAUUUGCAAGUUAUAUCCUUUUGUUCCCUUCUGGGAAAUCUUACUGAAUUGACAACAUUUGGAUUGGGAGAGGCUAUUAAAAACAAUUUGCACAUUUGAAAUGGAACACUUGCAUUGGAUGCUAAUUGCCUUUGAACUGAGUGGAGAAAACUUUCAAAACUUUCCCAUCAAAUUGAAGCAGAUCUAAAGGCUGAAGCUUUACUUUGAAGGCUAUAUUAAUCCAACAUUCCUACUGAAACAAAACCUUGAUUGAGUUUAAAAUUAAUGUCCCUGGAUAAUUCAUUAACAUGAGCACAAGUUUCAUCAAAUGUUUCAACCACAAAAAACAAUUCCAGAAGGGAAUAGCUACUGGCAAUUUUUCCCAAACUGACUCAUAAAUUCGAAAAGAAAAUUAUUUCAGUGAAAACUCUCUUAACCCUACCCCUAAAAUGAAAUUAUUUUACGUUGAUUGUAUUUGGAAAAUGCUCCACUACAAUUCUCUAAAUGGAUGUAGGAUGCAAACUCAGUGCAAAACGAUGCCAAUGGCAGCAUGCAAAUAUUGAUCUGAAAAUGGUUCUAUGAAUCAGGACCAAUAUAAAUGUAAUAAAACAAAGAACUGCAGAUGCUGGAAAUCUGAAACAAAAAUAGAAACUGCUGGCUGAAAGUCGCCAGAUUUGAAAUGUUUAACUCUGUGUUCUUGCCCCAGAUGCUGCCAGAUCUGCUGCGUUUUGCCACCAAUUUCUAUUCUUGUUCUAACAUCAGUUGUUUUCCUGAGCUCAUUAAAGGUUAAAGCAUGGUUAAUUUUAAAUACACUUAUCUCCAGUAGCACAUUAGUCUGUCACAUUGCUGAGGGAUUUGUAGCAAGGAAGCCUUUCCUGAAAGAUUGAAAUGAGAGGUUAAGGGAAUGGUUUUUUUUGAACUGACAAAUGGUAAUGCAAUGUUUCGAGACACUUGAAUUUCCCAGGGUACGUACAAUGCAUAUUCUUCCUUUGUAGCCAGUCCAAGAGUCAGCAUUGUCAAUGUUUCUAUAAUAUGUAUAAUCCAAUGUAAAGCUUUGAGCAAAGGCCUUGGUAAUGGGCAAUGUAUUUGCUAUGGCUUUAUACUUGUAAAAUAAUGAUAAAACACUUCAUUAACUGCAUUAUGCUGUGUAGCAAAAAUGAACACUAAAAUAUUGUUCUGUAUGCUAUGAUACCGGUAUAACAUUUCAGGUGUGUUUGUAUUUGGUUGUUUCCUGAUACAAUGAAAUAAUAUUUUGAUGUAAUGCAACCUCCUGCUAAAAUUACUGAGCAACUUGUUUCAAAAUCUACAAAUCUAAGCUGCUGAAACUACUGUGGAAGAAAUGAUGCAAUUGGGGCACCAAGGGAGUUGAGACUACUUCUAACUUAGUGCUAGAAAUCCUCAAUAAACUUCUAUUUUCUA